GCAUGCGCUCCGCGGCCGGCCCGUUGCUAGGCCGCCAUCCCCGGGCCCGCCGCUGAGCCGGAGCGCUGGCCGGGGCCCGAAAGCUGGGGCUCCCCGGUGUCGGUGGCGCUAGCCCCGGGUAGCCCUAUGGAGAAGGGCCUGCGGAACGCCAUAGUCUUCAGUGCGUCCAAAGGGGAGGCCUUCACACUCGCCAGCAGCUACAAAUCCCUGCGGAAAAGGCUCCGCGGCAACUGGAAGAUCCAGAGCUUAAAAGAUGAGAUCACAUCAGAGAAACUUAUUGGGGUAAAAUUGUGGAUUACAGCAGGACCAAGAGAAAAGUUCAGUGCUGCUGAGUUUUCUGUUCUGAAGAAAUUCCUGGAGGAUGGUGGAGCCAUCUUGGUGAUGCUAAGAGAAGGUGGAGAGUCCAGAAGUGGCACAAAUAUUAACUUUUUGUUAGAAGAAUAUGGCAUCAUUUUCAAUAAUGAUGCUGUAGUACGAAAUGUGUACUACAAGUACCACCACCCAAAAGAAGCACUGAUCUCUGAUGGAGUUCUGAAUAGGGGAAUCAGUGAAGCUGCAAGAGCAGUGCUUGAGACAACAGAUGAAGAUGGAAGUGGACGUGACUCACAAGCUCUCACUUUCCUGUACCCAUUUGGUGCCACGCUGAAUGUGAUGAAACCAGCAGUGGCUGUUCUGUCAACGGGAUCUGUCUGCUUCCCACUCAACAGGCCUGUUCUUGCCUUCUAUCAGCACAAGAGUGAAGGUGGAAAAAUGGCAGCACUGGGAUCUUCCCACAUGUUCAGUGAUCAAUAUUUAAAUAAAGAAGAUAAUGGUAAAAUCAUGGAUGUGCUUUUCCAGUGGCUCACAACAUCAGAUAUCCAUUUGAACCAGAUGGAUAUGGAGGAUCCUGAGAUUUCAGACUAUACCAUGCCCCCAGAUACAGCUGCGCUCUCUGAGCGGCUGCGUGUCUGUCUGCAAGAAGGAGAUGAGAUCCCAAGAGACUUCACAAAGCUGUUUGACACGUCCCUUUAUCAGCUGGAUACAACUGCCCUCCCUUCAGUCAUCAAAGCUUAUGAGCAGCUGAAUGUGAAGCAUGAACCCCUCCAACUCAUUCAGCCACAGUUUGAGACUCCACUACCUGUUCUCCAGCCAGCUGUUUUCCCACCUGCUUUCAGGGAGUUACCUCCUCCUCCUCUGGAGCUUUUUGACUUGGAUGAAACAUUUUCCUCUGAGAAAGCUCGUCUUGCAGAGAUCACAAACAAAUGUACUGAUGAUGACCUGGAGUUCUACGUACGGAAGUGUGGCGAUAUCCUGGGAAUAACAAGUAAACUCCCGAAGGAGAAGCAAGAUGCCAAACAUAUCCUGGAGCACAUCUUCUUCCAAGUGGUUGAGUUUAAGAAGUUGAAUCAGGAACACGAUACAGACACAAGUGAAGCUGGAUUCCAGAAUGGUAACUGAGACCUGAUGCUCCCUACUCUGAGACCCUUUUAGUAAAAACAAGAUUCCCUUUUUUUCUUCUGAAUGCUUGGAUCAUUUCUGUGCAGGAAUUUGGGUAACUAAUGCCUUUUGAGGGAGUGUUUGUGUGUUACAAGCAUUUUCCAAAGACUUUGCUAUUUUUCUACUUCUUUAUUGAAAAUGUAAUUUUGUAAUAUAUAAAUAAAAAUAUUGUGCAAACAAAA